CUGAAGAACAACAAACACAACUCUUGUACACUUAGGUUAAAAUUGUUCAGUACAACCAUGAAACCAGGUCAUCUCAGAAGCAGAAGCAAUGAGAAACUCACACACACGAAGAAAAUCAAACCCGUACUGGCAAAUAAAAAACACCCACCUGCGGUUAAAGCACAAUGCACGACGGUAACAGAUGCGGGCAGGCCAGGAUCUUGUCCUACCAGCAACUCAACUUGGGCACCGAGCAGAAACUGGCACAAGUACUUGACGAACACGAAAUUGCAGAGUGAGGUGCGUCCUCAUAGUCCACUGAACCAUCAACAGGAGGUCUGGUUAGACCGUGGUAGUAAGAGCGAAGGUCCAAAGUUGGCUCAUACAAAACCACCGGACGAACUGGUCAUGAAGCUUCCUGUCGUUAAUUUCUGCAAUGUCGAAGGAGAAAUACCUCCGACAAAGCUGUAUCCGAGCAUCGGUGACCUCUCCGAUGAUGACAAGAGGAAGAUUGCUCAUCUUGUGGAAGAAUUGGCAAGGUGUAAACAGGAGAAAGAAGAGGACGAAGAGGAAAUACUAAAUCAGAAAAACAGGAUUUCAGAAUUAAAACUAUUACUGAAAACCUCAAACGCUGAUAAAAGGACAGUCUCAGAGUUGAAAUCGCAGUAUUUGGACGAGCAGGUGGUUCUUAAGAAGCAGUUGUCGGAGUUGAACCAGUUGCUCUAUCAGAUGCAAGUGCAGAAGUCCACGUCAGACAUCCAGAUAAAGACGAUUACUGCGCAGGCCGAGAAAAUGACCCGAGCUAUACACGCGAUGCAUCGGGAGAACACGGAACUUCAGGUCGAGCUUCGCGUCACCCAGGAGAAGCUCAGUGUGGCCCAACAAGCUUUGGACAAGAUGACAAAAGACAUUAAGGACGUGAGGGAACAGAUCACGCCAACCAUGGAAGACAAGGCUUGCCAAUCGUCAGACGCUAUUGGUUCCGAGGAAACGAUCCAUGUCAAGACACUUAAAAGGUCUGAAGACGUACCUUCCGAUGAUCAAAAAAUUUUGACUGAGCUGUUUUUUAAUAAAUCUUUGCAAAAUGAUUUUUCUCCAAAAGAAACUAUAAUUUUCCUUCCAGAAAAUUCAAAUGCACUUCUACAACAAUUCUAGCUGUGUUAUUGAUGUGGUUUGUCCAACUUAUAUAAUUCAGUAUACACUAUUUCAUGUAUUUUCAAAUAUAUCUAAAAAAAAUACUUUCCAUACCAAACAUGCUUAUUGCGAAGGUAUUAUUAUGAACAUGGAAUAGUAUAUUACGUUCAUAAAACAUUUAUUUCUAAUUGAGAAUCUUAAGAGAUGGUACUGCUCUAAAUAAACAAAGGAGGGAAGAAGUUUGGAAUGACUUGUCCUGCUGUUUUAAUUUUCUUUUGAACUCUUAAAACCUUAAUUCUCCAAACAUACGUACAAGAAACAUUUAACGGCUAUUUGUAUGUAGCAUAAUUUUGCUUUAAACCGUGCAAACAAUUUUAAAUUAAAUUAUAUUCUUCUGAUAGGAAAUAUAUCAGAAUUAAAAAACAUAAAAAAUAA